AAUUAUAAGGGAAAAAGGAAUCUUGAUUCUUGAUAUCAUUCAUCGGUGAGAAAUGUAAACACGGCAUAAGACUGGUUUACUUCUUCUCUUGUUUUCUUCUGACAACUUUUUUCACUUUUUUUUUUUUUUUUCNAUGUGAACAAGAGAAUGUACUCUCAAGAACCCUUCAAUUCAGGCGGAUAAAAAACGGUGUGUGCCUUUUCAAUUUCAUAGAUCCAACUUACAAGAAUACUGCAGAAAAAAGCUUGGGAAAUCUACACGAAAAUGGAGGGAUGUGAUGAUUUUCGAAAAUGGGACGAAUUAAUACCCGAUGCACUCGGAUUGAUAUUCAAGAAUCUUCCACUACUUGAGAUACUAACAGUAGUUCCAAGGGUUUGCAAAGCGUGGGGAAAAACCGUAAAUGGGCCUUACUGCUGGCAAGAGAUAGACAUCGAGGAAUGGAGCAGAGAAUGCAAGCCCGAAAUUCUCGACCGAAUGCUUCAACUGCUGAUCACGAAAAGCUGUGGUUCGGUGAGGAAACUUUCUGUUUCGGGUCUCUCUAGUGAGCAGAGCUUUUUGUUCAUUGCAAAUCACGCUCAAUCCCUGCGGGCCCUACGCCUCCCAAGGAGUGAGAUAACCGACCCUAUAAUGGCGCGGGCCUCUUGUUCUCUUUCGUCCCUCACCUCCCUCGACCUCAGCUACUGCAUUCGGGUUGGGGCCCGCGGGCUCGAGGCCGUGGGCCGGGCUUGCCGCUCCCUGACGAGCCUCCGGCGAGUCAUGCACCCUUUGGAGGUCGUCGGGAAGCCGUUUCAAGAUGACGAGGCUCUGGCGGUGGCGGCCACAAUGCCUCGGCUCCGACAACUCGAGAUCGCCUAUUUGCUCGUCCGAACGCAUAGUGUUGUCGAGAUCAUCAAGCAUUGCAAGAAGCUCGAGUUGCUCGAUGUUCGAGGGUGUUGGGACGUGAAUUUGGAGGAAGGGUUCGUGAAGGGGUUCAAGGGGUUGAGAGUGGUGGGGCCCGUUGUCGUGGAUUGUUACGAUGAUGAUUUUGGUGGAUAUAUGUUUGGAUGUGUGAUGUGA